UCUUUUAUUUCAUUUUCAAUCAUUUCGUGUUUUUCGCCUCCCCCUCUCGGAACCCUAAGCUGAAAAAAAUCAUCAGCACCAGAGAAGAAAGAGAGCAACGACAUCCACGAAGACGAAAUUUUAUCAGGAAACAAACACCAGCAACGCCUUCCCAGCGAUUUUACUUCUUCUUCUAGUUCACUCUCGAUUUCUGGGUCUUUGCUGGGUAAGAAAUGCAGCACCAUCAGCAAAGGUUGAUGCACCAAGCUCUCCUCCAGCAACAGUCUCUUUACCAUCCGGGCCUCCGUGCUCCACCUCAGAUUGAGCCGAUUCCCAGCGGAAAUCUGCCUCCUGGUUUUGAUCCAAGCACUUGCCGCAGUGUAGGCAUAGUGAUUUCUUUUCCACUGAGUGAUGUUGUUCAAUUUCUGUAUUCUUGUAAAAAUUACAGGUACGUGGGGAACAUCCAUAAUCAGGUCACUGAACCACUUCUCCAGGAGGUUUUUGCUAGUACUGGCCCUGUGGAGGGUUGCAAGCUUGUUAGAAAGGAGAAGUCCUCUUAUGGAUUUGUACAUUACUUUGAUCGCCGAUCAGCUGCUAUUGCAAUAGUAUCUCUUAAUGGGAGACACUUAUUUGGCCAACCUAUCAAAGUUAACUGGGCCUAUGCUAGUAGUCAGAGAGAAGAUACCUCAAGCCACUUCAACAUAUUUGUUGGAGAUUUGAGUCCUGAGGUCACUGAUGCGAUGCUGUUUGCAUCCUUUUCUGUUUUCCCCAGUUGCUCUGAUGCAAGAGUUAUGUGGGAUCAGACGACUGGACGCUCUAGAGGGUUCGGCUUUGUUUCUUUCCGUAGCCAACAGGAUGCCCAAAGUGCGAUAAAUGAUCUAACAGGGAAAUGGCUUGGUAGUAGGCAGAUAAGGUGCAACUGGGCAACAAAAGGUGCUGGAUCCAAUGACGACCAACAAAGCUCAGAUGCCAAGACUAUUGUUGAACUAACUAAUGGCUCAUCAGAAGAUGGGAAAGAGCCAAUUAACAGCGAUGCUCCCGAGAAUAACCCCCAGUACACAACUGUCUAUGUUGGCAACCUUGCUCCAGAGGCUACCCAGCUUGAUCUCCAUCGCCACUUCCACUUUCUUGGUGCCGGGGUCAUUGAGGAGGUUCGUGUUCAGCGUGAUAAGGGAUUCGGCUUCGUGAGGUACAGUACUCAUGGUGAGGCUGCUCUUGCCAUUCAGAUGGGGAACACACAAUCGCUUCUCUGUGGGAAACCAAUAAAGUGCUCUUGGGGUAGCAAGCCGACUCCACCUGGGACUAGUUCAAAUCCACUCCCACCACCAGCAGCAGCAGUUCCAAUGCCUGGCCUCUCAGCUGCUGAUCUCUUGGCGUAUGAGCGUCAGCUGGCCAUGAGCAAGAUGGGUGGGGUUUACCCUAUGAUGCACCCACAUGGUCAGCAUCAUCCCCUCAAACAAGCAGCCAUGGGGAUGGGAGCUGGAGCAGGCCAAGCCAUUUAUGAUGGCGGGUUCCAGAGCGUUGCUGCUGCCCAGCAACUUAUGUAUUACCAGUAAUAUAUUGUCCUUCCUACUUGAUCUGAUGCUGUGUGGAUUUACGGGAACAUGUUAGGAGAGCCUUUUCUUCUGUCUUUUGAUAUGUGGCCGUGAAAUGAGUGUUCACCCGCAAUAUAUAUAUAUAUAUAUGAUUAUCACUGGAGUGCGUGCAAUCUGUAUUGGGGAGAUGUAAUACCAUAUGUAAUGUCUUUCUUUUAUUUUCUUCUGUUUUCAUGACUGUCCCUUGUUUAGGGGAUAUGAGGUGUCUUUAUAGCAGUCUGGAGUAUGACUGAAUGAUAAAAACCUGUUGUAUUGAGAAACUUGAUGCCACCGGCAUCCUGUUGCUUCCAAUAAAUUACAGUGUUGACUUGAUUUCCCGC